AUGGAAAAUGUACUAGAUCCCCUGGAGAAUGAAGUACCUAGGUACAGAAAUAAUCAGGCUGAGUCUAACUAUCGAAGAAAAUCCCAUCAAGUCCCAGAGCUUCAGUCACAUCCAAUAAACACCCUUGAAUUCGAGAUUGAAAGAAGAGAAAGAGGCGAUAGUCUAUUUGAUCACACUGAUAACUCAAAAAAUAUUGCAAAUGAAGGGCCAGUCCGAGAAUGCCAUCAGAUAGAUCUCUCUGCAGACAACAGUGAAGAGUUUAAUGAGUUGGACAUUGACGAAGCCUCAAACAGCAAUCAUUUCAUUGUAUACGACCAACAAAGUAUUGAAGAAGACCCAGAAGAAAGAUCCCUCAGUGUACGACUGGAUAUUGAUGCGUACAAUGAAGAAGAGGUCAAAAGAGCAAUGGCAUACCAGAAUCCCAAGAUUACAAUGAAGAAUAGUUACUACAAGGGGUCUAAAACUAAGAAAAUUGUCAAAAACCCGAUAUAUUAUUCACCUAGGAUGAAUCUUAACGGUCAAGGAUCACCAAUGGACAGCUCUCUGAGGAAAGUAAAUUCAAGAGCUAACAUGUCUUCAAGGACAAAACAAGGAUCUGAUCGCAAUAGGUGUAAUUCAGGCUACAAAGCAUCAGUGAAAGACAGACUAAUCGGAAGCAAAAAUCACAACACAACCUCAAAGAAACUCCCCUAUGGAUUAAACCAGAGGAGAUCUUUAGAAGAUCUUGGAGUUCCAGAAGAACUCAAAGUGUUCUCUCCAGUUGCUGAUCUGAACAAGAAUGGGAUUUUUAUCAAUAAGGAAUAUUACCAAAAUCCUUACUUGUCCAAUACCAAUUCAAAAGUAAAUCUUCAUGAGAACUCAGAUAUCCAGAAGUCAAAAAAGAGCCGGAAUGGAGGAAUCGCAUGAAUUUCUCCGAAAUUUCUCACUUUCGAUAAGAAACUCUGAGGCAAGAUGCAUCAGUCUAAUACCAGCAGAAAGCUGCAGAAUGAGAUCGCCCGGAAAUUAUGAAGCGGAGGCUCUGGGUUUCUUACAAAACAACAAAGCAACCCAUCGCUAGAAUCUUCUGUGCGAGAAAAUCUCAGUCCGAAGUUAGAGAAAUAUAAAUCUGCCUGCAAUAAUAACAAGAGCAGGAAUAAUCAUGGGAUGAUGAGCCAGACAAGCAAGACUUUUGAGAGUUUCUACUCUAGUCAAAUGGAAUACCAGCGCAAAAAAUUGACUAAGGCACAACAGAGAGCAGAACAGAAAAUUAUUAAUGAACAAAUGCAAGCUAAGAUAAUGAGUAACAUGAGGCACACUUCGAAUAAAUAAGGGAAUGUUUAAAGUAAAGAGCAAAUAUCUGAACUACAAAUAAGCCCCAGAAAAACUAUGGGGAACUUGAGUAUGACCCUAAAUCUCGAAAUCAGAUUAAGAAGAGCAAUACCAGCACUUUUAUCCCACAGAUUAAUAAAAAGUCCAAGAUGAUCAAGAGGGAGUUGAAUAUCUCAGACCAUCUUUAUAGAGAUGCUAGUAACCGUCAGUUAAGUCGAUCUAAUAAAAGAAUCUCAGGAUCUCCAAUCAGAGAUUCUAAAGCUCCAAAAACCCACAAAGUAACAGGGAAAUAUCUCUGGAAGAAGCUUAGAAUUGAGCUACAGAAAUGUAUAGAUGCUUAUUCCAUCCAGGAUCCAAUCACAUAUGAAGAAAUGGGAACUAUCUUAUUAGAUCUUGGAUAUAUUCCAAAGAAAAGCCAAAAGAUCAAGAUCAAUGGAAAGAUAGUGGAGCUAACCCAGGAAAUUGUGAAGAUUCUAAAAAUUCCUCAGCAAAUAUCACAGCAAGUUUAUGGAAUUGAUAACCAAGAUGUAACUACACUAGCAAUCACUAAAGCAUUCUUACAAUACUUAUGCUCUCCAAGUAUGACCUCCAAAAGCCCAAAAAGACAUAUUUUCAGAAAAGAGAGCCCUGGAAGCCCUGAGCACGUUCCUGAAAACACCGGCACAUCAAUUCCAAACCAGCUUUACUCAAAUUCUUCUGCUACCGAUGCAGCUCCACUAAUGCCAUCAGAAUCCUUGAACAGACAGCACACCUGUCUGACUCCUCAUCAAAAGUACAAACUAUCCAAACUUGCCUUCACCCUUUGUGACAGUAGGCGUGAAUUCCUAGCUAAACUAGCCAAAACAGAAAAGAUCCGUAAAAUGAACGUUUCACCGAGCUUCAUGCCUUGUAUUUCGUCCAAGAGUCUAGCUCUUGCUUCGCAAAUUGAUAAAUCCCAAAGAACAGCUAGGAAGGAAAAUCUUCCUAGAGAAGCUCUGGAGGUUCAAAAGUGCACAUUCCAGCCUAAGCUUGGUGAAAAGACGAAGCAAAUAGUCCAGGGACAUAAGGAAACUGUGUUCAAGCGGCUAGCCCAGGCUGUGAAGAAGAAGCGUACGAAGGAAUAUUUGAAUUUUGAGUUGGAACAGAAGGAUUCUGCAAGGAAAAAUAAGAGGUACAAAGGAAAAAUUAGGAAGAAGAAAGAAACGAAGAGGAAGGAAGCUGUAGUGAGGAUGGAAGCUGAUGAAGAGAAGGAAGAGCAAAAGGAGCAGAAAAGUGGAAUUUUGGAUCUGAAGGAAGAGAAAGCCUCUGAAUCCAUCCCACAGUUGUUCAUCGAUGUCCAUCUUGAUGAUAAGUCUAUACAUAGGUUGACUAUUUUUGAGGGAGACGACCCUAAAGAUCUGGCUCAAGAUUUUUGAACUAAACAUGAUCUUGAUGAAAGUAUGCUUGAUCAGCUAGUUGAGAUCAUUAACUCACAGCUUGAAAAGUUAUUGAACACUAUCCAAGAAGAUGAGGGAAACGAGGAUGAAGGCAACGAAGAUGAAGAUGAGUAA